CUAAUUGUACAUAUCCAGUUGGUGAUGGCUCUUGCCUCGUUCCUCGCCGGUGCUCUACCUCUAUCGAUGACCCUCAGCCAAUCACAAUUACGCUUAAUAUCGAGCAUAGGAGUUGGAAUACUCGUCGGCACAUCCUUGAUUGUCAUUGUACCGGAGGGUGUUGAGGCUGUUGCGUCUUCAGGGGCCGGGGCACACGAACCACGCGGCUUAAGAUCGAUCGUCGCAGCGCGCCAGGUGCCGCAGCCCAUAUUGCCUCGAGACUUACCUGCGAUAAAAAUUGUGGAGGAAUCGCCUGUCGAUCAUGGCACAAUUAUACGCGAAGCACUGGAAAAAAGGGACGAUGCGCCAAUAGCAGAAGGGGAUGCGCCGGCUGAGCCACCAAAGGGAGACGUAGUGCAGCACGAGGACGAUGGCUUCCCAACAUUCUAUAUCGGAUUCUCCUUGAUGCUGGGCUUUGUCCUCAUGUUCUUGAUUGACAGACUACCGCAACACGCCACCGACGGGUUGAACAGGGUCCCAGCAACACGGCAUAUCAGUCUGGACAACCUCGGCUCCUCAAGCGUCAAUGGCGAGGGUGAAGACGAGCAUGACGGCUUCUUGAGCUCCUUAUCGCCGUCACCGAGACAGUCGAGGAGUCUUGCAACCACCGUGGGCCUAGUGAUCCAUGCGGCGGCGGAUGGGAUCGCAAUGGGCGCAUCGGCAACGACGAGCGACAUGAAGCUAGGAAUUAUCAUCUUUGUUGCGAUCAUGGUUCACAAGGCGCCUGCGGCCUUCGGGUUGACAUCAUUGCUGCUCAGGCAGGGGCUAUCAAAACGGGCUGCUCGAGGACACUUGAUGGCGUUUAGUCUGGCAGCGCCUGUCGGUGCGCUUGGCUCCUUCAUCCUCGUGUCGAUCCUUGGUGGUGGGAACAUGGACGGCCCCACGGGGCAGUGGUGGACCGGCAUGCUUCUCUUGUUCUCCGGCGGCACUUUCUUAUAUGUUGCCAUGCACGCCAUGCAGGAGGAGCCAUCUGCACAACCACACGACCACCAUUCGUCUAUGAACGGCUACGCAGACAGCCCGCAGAGGAAACCUGGGCGACCGCAAGUGAGAGAUACAGUGGCCACUGUAGGUGGUAUGCUUCUACCUCUUCUCACACAGUUUGGGCACCAUCAUUGA